AUGGCGCUGAAAAAGUGCUUCACCAGCAAGGAUAUUGCUGCCAGGAAGAUUGGGGCGGAGCAUCUGGAGAAAACACAGAGGAAGUACUUAACCAAGACUCCCAGCAAGAUCACCAAGCCUGUGUGUUUCAUCGUGACAGCAGGGGUCCAUCGGCUGUGGAGCCACCGCUCCUACAGAGCCAAGCUCCCUCUCAAAGUCUUCCUCGCAGCCGCCAACUCCAUGUCCUUCCAGAAUGACAUCUAUGAGUGGGCGAGAGACCACCGUGUGCACCACAAGUUCUCAGAGACAGAUGCAGACCCCCACAAUGCAACACGAGGCUUCUUCUUUGCUCACAUUGGCUGGCUGUUUGUGCGUAAACACUGUGAUGUCAUCGAGAAGGGAAAGAAGCUGGACGUUACUGACCUCUUGGCUGAUCCCGUCGUCCAGUUUCAUAGAAAGUACUAUAAGACCACGGUCCUGAUAAUGUGCUUCCUGGUUCCCACCAUGGUUCCCUGGUACUUCUGGGGCGAGACACCGUGGAACUCCUACUUCCUGGCGUCCAUCUUGCUUUACACCGUCUCGCUCAAUGUCACCUGGCUGGUGAACAGCGCCGCCCACAUGUACGGGAACCGACCGUACGACCAGAACAUCAGCCCCCGGGAGAACCACUGGGUCACCUUCGGAGCUAUCGGUGAAGGUUUCCAUAACUUUCACCACACAUUCCCCUUUGACUACUCUGCCAGUGAGUUCCGGCUGCGUUUCAACCCCACCACAUGCUUCAUGAAUCUCAUGUGCUGGAUGGGCCUGGCCAGUAACGGCAAGAAGGCAUCCGUGGAAAUAAUACAGGCCAGGAAACUAAGGACAGGGGGUGGGAGCUACGGGGCAGUCAACACUAGACAAGAGAAAGAAACAUGA